GCUCACGUGAUGCUGGGGGGGCCGUGACGGUCGGCUUCAGCGGAGGCGCUCGGCUUGUCAGAGAGUUCCUAGAGGACUAAAGGAUGUUGAAAGGAAAACAAAGUGGAAAAGAGUAACAUAUCUGAGUGCUGGAGCAAAAGAGAGUACAGUGAAGAUCUUUGUGGAUCAAAAACAUUUGAAAGAUGUGGUGACUAAAAGAAUCAGUCUUGUGGCCUGUAUAGUACAUAGUGCCUUAACGAUGGGGUUUGGGAGUGACCUGAAAUAUUCUCAUGAUGCUUUGUUGCAAUUGCAAGACUGGGAGCUACGACUGCUGGAAGCAGUGAAGAAAUUCAUGGCCAUGCGAGUAAAAAGUGACAAAGAAUAUGCAUCCACUUUACAGAAUCUUUGUAACCAGGUGGAUAAAGAGAGUACUUUCCAGCUGGAUUAUAUUAGCAAUGUGUCCAAGUCUUGGCUGCUUAUGGUUCAGCAGACAGAGCAACUCAGCCGAAUCAUGAAGACUCAUGCAGAGGACCUUAAUUCUGGGCCAUUACAUAGGCUUACAAUGAUGAUCAAAGAUAAGCAGCAAGUAAAGAAGAGCUAUGUGGGAGUUCACCAGCAAAUUGAGGCAGAGAUGUACAAGGUUACAAAGACAGAAUUGGAAAAAUUAAAAGCUAGUUAUAGACAAUUAAUAAAAGAAGUAAAUUCUGCCAAAGAGAAGUAUAAAGAAGCUAUGGCUAAAGGAAAGGAGACUGAUAAAGCCAAAGACCGUUAUGAUAAAGCUAACAUGAAACUGCACACAUUGCAUAAUCAGUAUGUACUGGCACUGAAAGGAGCACAGUUAUAUCAGCACCAAUAUUACGACACUACUCUCCCUCGGCUACUUGAUUCACUACAGAAGAUGCAAGAAGAAAUGAUUAAAGCAUUAAAAGGAAUCCUUGAUGAAUACAGUCAAAUCACCAGUCUUGUAACAGAAGAAAUAGUGAAUGUCCAUAAAGAGAUUCAGACUUCCGUUGAACAGAUUGACCCAAACACAGAGUACAGUGGCUUCAUAGAAACUCACAGGUCACCAGAGGUUGUAGAACAAGAAAUAGAAUUUGAUACCUCUUUACUGGAAGAAAAUGAAAAUCUUCAAGCCAAUGAGAUUAUGUGGAAUAAUCUAACAGCAGAAAGUUUGCAAGCCAUGCUGAAAACAGUAAUAGAAGAACUGAUUCAGACACAGCAGACACUUUUGAAUAAAGAAGAGCAAGUCCUGGAAUUAGAGAAGAAGCUAGAAGAAUCUUCUAAGACCUGUGAAAAGAAGUCUGACAUUGUGCUUUUGCUGAGCCAGAAGCAAGCACUGGAAGAACUCAAACAAACAGUUCAGCAGUUAAGAUGCACUGAGGCAAAAUUUGCAGCACAGAAAGAGCUCUUGGAACAAAAGGUGCAAGAGAAUGAUGGGAAAGAGCCACCUCCCAUAGUAAACUAUGAAGAGGAUGCCAGAUCGGUCACUUCUAUGGAUAAGAAGGAUAAGGUGUCUAGAUUUGAUACUAUUCGUCACUCCAUAGCUGGGAUUAUAAGAUCUCCAAAAUCCAUGUUGGGCUCUUCUUCGUUCUUUGAUGUUAUAUCAACCAGUGAGAAGCCGUUGGCAGAGCAAGACUGGUAUCAUGGUGCAAUUCCAAGAAUAGAAGCCCAGGAGUUACUAAAACAGCAAGGAGACUUCUUGGUGCGAGAGAGCCAUGGGAAACCUGGUGAAUAUGUCCUUUCUGUGUUUUCAGAUGGACAACGGAGACACUUUAUCAUACAAUAUGCGGAUAAUCAGUAUAGAUUUGAAGGAACUGGAUUUCCCACUAUUCCUCAACUUAUAGACCAUCAUUACACAACAAAACAAGUCAUUACAAAGAAAUCAGGGGUAGUUCUCCUCAAUCCUGUUGUUAAGGAUAAGAAAUGGGUUCUCAAUCAUGAAGAUGUCACACUGGGAGAAUUGCUUGGCAAAGGUAAUUUUGGUGAAGUGUAUAAGGGAACAUUAAAAGAUAAAACUCCUAUUGCUGUAAAAACUUGCAAAGAAGAUCUUCCUCAGGAACUGAAAAUAAAAUUUUUAUCAGAAGCCAGAAUACUCAAGCAGUAUGAUCAUCCCAAUAUUGUGAAGCUUAUAGGAGUUUGCACUCAAAGGCAGCCUAUUUAUAUAGUUAUGGAACUUGUUCCAGGAGGUGAUUUCCUUUCCUUUUUAAGAAAGAAGAAAGAUGAGCUAAAAAUCAAACAGUUAGUGAAAUUUUCAUUAGAUGCUGCUUCUGGUAUGGCAUAUCUCGAAUCUAAUAACUGUAUACACAGGGACCUUGCUGCAAGAAACUGCCUGGUAGGUGAAAAUAAUAUCCUGAAAAUCAGUGACUUUGGAAUGUCUCGUCAAGAGGAUGACGGAGUAUAUUCAUCUUCAGGCUUGAAGCAGAUUCCCAUUAAAUGGACUGCUCCAGAGGCUCUCAACUAUGGGAGAUACACUUCUGAGAGUGAUGUGUGGAGCUUUGGGAUCCUUCUGUGGGAGACCUUCAGUCUAGGAGUGUGUCCAUACCCUGGAAUGACUAAUCAGCAAGCACGAGAACAAGUGGAGAAAGGAUAUCGAAUGUCAACACCUCAGAAGUGCCCAGAGGAAAUAUAUAAAAUAAUGCAGAGAUGCUGGGACUACAAACCUGAAAACCGACCAAAAUUCAGUGAGAUUCAGAAAGAGCUGUCUGCAAUCAAAAAGAAAGUGACAUAGUGAUUAAGUAGUGCCAAACUCGACUUACAGGACUUUAUUUUCCAGCAAAGUAAUAUUUUUCCCUCAUAAACACUUUGCGUUUAUACCACAUUACUUGCAAUAUUCUUCUGGGUUACUUUUUAAAAUUAACUGUGUUUUAUAUAUAUGUAAUGUGCCAUCUUGGAAAAUGUCUUAAGCCUACGUUAAAGCCGUAGAUGAUUUUGCCAAGCACUAUGUAUCCAGUCACAUUAAUAGUGUCAUGUAGGAUUUGUGUAAAUAGAAAAGCCCAUAUUAUAGAUUUAUGGGACUGUGGCUCCUCUAUUUUACAGUCAUUAACUGCUAGUGACAUUUCUCAAAGGUCUUCUACUUCACACUGUAGUCUCAAUCUGCUAUCCCUGUCACAGAUAUCGGCGCCAGUGGCGCUAAAAAGUUGGUGGCUGUGCCAUGUGUCUGAAAGCCUUAAAUCUGAAGGCACAGCUUUUUUGUAGUAUUUCAGUUAGGAACUUUAUAUUUGUAAAAUUCUUUCUGCAACUGGUAUUUUCAAAUGAUAUACUGCUUUCAGAGGGAAUAUCUGAAGAUUCUGGAUAUGCACAUAUUCUGUUUAAACAAUGAAAUCCAGAACUGUGUGUAUAAUAUAGUGUUCACAUCAAUUACAAGGUCAUCCUUAGAUUACUGUUACAGUUAGGUUACUGUUGCUUCCAAGUCAUGGGGCAUAUUUUUAACUUUGGACAUUAUUUACUUAAUUUUUUCAUGGGAAAAAACUGCAGUUUAUCAGGAAUCAAUCUGCACAAAUCACCUUUGCAAUGGGCCAGCUUUUUUCUGCAAGGCUAACAACCAGCCUGCGUAAUAUGUAUCUGUCAGGAAAGACGGCAAACCUUCUGCCUUCUGAAAUACAGGUAGCAGCAGACGCAGUUGUUUUUGAAUGUGCAUGUGUAGAAACGCUGUCAGCAAGGAACAGGUUUGAGAACAACAGUGGCACAUAAUGAUAGUAACUAGUAGCAUUGAUUUUUUUUAAACGAGUAAAGGAAAGUGAACUGCCAGAUUAGCUUUCAGAGGUUUUUUGAUGUGUUUCUGAAAUUUCAAAGAACUGAUGUUCCUUUUCUGUAUGCAGGCAGUCAGCAAAAGGAUGUGUAUAAA